AUGAGCUAACAUAUAGCUAAUCAAUAUUUUUAACAUCCUUUAAAAAACGAGCCAAACAGAAGAAUUAAGACUCUUUACUCUAUGAAUGACUCUAACUCAUGUAGGAUUAGAAAAGUGAUCAUUCCCAAAAAUAUCAGUAUUGAUAAAGAAACCCUUUACGAGUAAUUACAUUUAGAAAAACUGAAAACUAAACAAUUGCAAUUAGAAAACCAAUCUCUGUAAAAUGUCUUGCAAUAAUUUGGAAAAGAGAUAGACAUGAUGGAUGAAAGUGACCAAAGAAAAGUCAUUCAAUAGAGUUUACUAAGGAUCAAACAAAAGGAUCAGGAAAUAUAAAUACUUAAAGAGAAUACUUAAUUCAAAGCUUAACAGGAUAUGAAAAAGUAGAUCCAAGACUUAAAAAAAGAACUCUUAAAAUAUUAGAUUCUAUAGAAGUUUGAGGGUGACUAAAAUUAGAUAGUUCAAGAUAAUAUAAAUUUAUUAAAUAAGAUUGAAACAUAAAAAUAAUAUAUCAACGAGCUCGAGAAGAUUAGAUCUGACUAUAUUCAACUCAAAGCUAAGAAUAACCAAUUACAAUAAGUCAUGAAAUUAAAGGAUUAAUAAAUUCAGAGAUAUAGAGAUAGGGAUCCCUUGUCAGAAAUGAAUUUGAUGAAACAUCCCAGUAAGAAUGAGAAUCUUUUAGUUGACGAACUCUAAAUGAAGAUGGAUGAAAUAUAGCAUUUACAAACAAGACUUAAUUAAUAUUAAUAAAUUAUUUAAGAUAACCAAAACUCCUUAAUCGAAUUAAACUAUGAUUCCAAAUAGAAAAUCUAACAUUUAGAAGCAGAAAAAAAAUAAAUUAGCGAUAAAUAUGAUAAACUUUAUAUGGAUUAUAAUAUACUAUUGGAAAAGCAAAAACAAAUAGACAAAUAUCUGUAAUAAUUCUCUAAGAAGAAACUAUCAACCCAAACCUUAAUUUAUGGAGAGGAUUAACUUUUUUAAUCCACUACCUAAGUUCUAUUAUCUCCAUUGACAUCGCCUCAUCAUGGAGACAAUGUGGUUGUUAAACAAGUCAAGAAAUAAUAAAUUGAGUAAACUAUUUUAGAGUUGAAAUUGUCUCUUAGAAAAAAAAGAAUCACUCUCCAAGAUGCAGAAUUUAUCCUAUUCACAACAGAAGAGGAUAUUGCAAUAAACGACUUAGAGAAAUAAUUGAGAUUGGAUCCCUUUCAUCUUAAAAACAGUACUUUGCUUGCUAGAUAUAUGAUUGAAGAUUAUUCUGAGAAAGAUUUCGUCUACGAUCCUGAAUUAAAAGCACCUUAAGCCAAAGUAAAAAGUGUUUUUAGAAACAUUAUGUAAAAUUACAAGUUAAGUUUCGACUAAAAUGUGUAAGAACUAGUCGAAACCUCCAUCAAACAAAAUCUCAUAGACUUCUGUGUUAAAAAAUCUGUGACUACUCUCAAUUUAGACAAUAUCAAUGAAUGCAUGAUAUCAUAGGAUAUCUAAUGGAAUUCUAAGCAUUCAGAUUACCUACAAUAAAUGUAUUACAACAAAUACAAUAAGUACUUAAAUUUCGAACUUAACAAUCUAUUAAAAUUGUUUGAUAUAACAUAAUGA